AUGGCGUCCUUCACUUUCUUGUUCAUUUUCUUUCAAUGUCUUUUCUUUUUGAUAAUAAGUAUCACGGCCGCCGCCCAGAAGCCACCGCUGGCACCGGCGCUGUAUGUGUUCGGAGAUUCCUUGUUAGACAGUGGCAAUAACAAUUUUUUGCCAACCAUUGCAAAGGUAAAUUAUCUACCAUAUGGAGCCAACUUCCCCCAGGGACCUACAGGGAGAUUCACUAAUGGCAAAACAGUAGCAGAUUUUAUUGCUGAAUUUCUUGGGCUACCAUAUUCUCCGCCAUAUCUGGGUUCGAAAAACUCUGUACCAGUUACGGGGUUGAAUUAUGCAUCUGGUGCAUGCGGCAUCCUUCCCAAAACUGGACGCCAAAUAGGGAAAUGCUUGAAUUUGGGAGAACAGAUUGAUCUAUUCGCAAAGACUGUGCAGUCAAUGCUGUCAAUCCAUUUCAACAACGACCUAGGAAAGCUUUCAGGUUAUUUAUCAAAGUCGAUAGCCAUAAUCUCCAUCGGCAAUAAUGACUACUUUAGUGAUUAUUUUGAUACCAACUCGUCCGAUACAAGCAGACGUCUUGGCCCCGAGCCAUACGCUCAACUCCUCCUAGAUAAUCUCUCCCGGCUGCUUCAGAAGCUAUACAACAUUGGAGCCAGAAAGAUAAUCAUGUUCGACAUCGGUCCACUUGGCUGCACCCCUUAUAUCACAAGAAAGUAUGAACAUAAUGGGCAAUGUGAUGAAGACAAGAACCAGAUUGUUCAAUAUUUCAACAACAGGCUUGCUUCUAUGCUUACAGAUUUAACAACAACUCUCAAGGGCUCCAACUUUGUUCUUGGCCACAGUCAUCGGUUAGGCUAUGAUGCAGCAAUAAACCCUUCCAGAUAUGGCUUAAGAGAUACGAGGAAUCCAUGCUGCACAACGUGGUCAAACGGGACAUCAGUGUGCAUUCCAUUGUCGAAGCCGUGCCCAAAUGCAAAUGAAUACUAUUUUUGGGAUGGUUAUCAUCUAACAGAAGCUUUGUAUUCGUUAAUAGCUUCCAGCUGUAUCGACGAUAAAUCAUUUUGCGUUCCCCUCAACUUAAAGGACCUCGUUAAUAUAUGAACAAACAUGUUACCAAUUAAUGUUUCUGGAAUCGGACUGUACAUCAAACCAGGUCUGAUCCAACCAAUGGUCAAAGUAUUCAAUACAAUUUUGUAUAAUUAAUUAU